AUUCUCUGUCCAUUUGACCAAUGAAACGCGAGCAUGGUGGGAUUUCAUCCUAGAUAGGUAGUUUGAGAGUGCCGCCCAUGACUACAAGGCGAGACGUCCAACGAAAAGGUUUGGCGCAGCGUUGGAGUGCAGUCCAUCAGAUGCCCCAGUAUGAGGGAUCAGUCUUUCCGGGACCAUGGAGAAAUAUGAGAAGGUGAAGAAAAUCGGAGAGGGCUCUUUCGGGAAGGCGUACCUUGUCAAGUCCAGGGAAGAUGCCCGGCAGUACGUCAUCAAGGAGAUUGGCAUCUCCCAGAUGUCAAAUAAAGAACGGCAGGAGUCACGAAAGGAGGUGGCAGUCCUGGCCAACAUGAGUCACCCAAACAUCGUCCAGUAUAAGGAGUCCUUUGAAGAGAGCGGUUGCUUGUACAUAGUGAUGGACUACUGUGAGGGAGGAGACCUGUUUAAGAAGAUUAACUCUCAGAAAGGGGUUCUCUUUCCGGAGGAGCAGAUACUGGACUGGUUUGUGCAGAUCUGCCUGGCUCUGAAACAUGUGCAUGACCGCAAGAUCCUCCACCGGGACAUCAAGUCACAGAACAUCUUUUUGACCAAAGAUGGAACAGUACAGUUGGGGGAUUUUGGGAUCGCCAGGGUUCUGAACAGCACUGUGGAGUUGGCCAGGACGUGCAUAGGAACUCCUUACUAUCUUUCACCUGAAAUUUGUGAGAACAAACCGUAUAACAACAAGAGUGACAUUUGGGCCUUAGGGUGUGUCCUGUAUGAAAUGUGCACGCUUAAGCAUGCAUUUGAGGCAGGAAACAUGAAGAACUUGGUUCUGAAGAUCAUCCGGGGCUCCUACCCCCCGGUCUCGUUGCACUACACCCAGGACCUGCGCUGCCUGCUGGGCUUGUUGUUCAGACGCAAUCCCCGGGAGAGACCCUCGGUCUGCAGCGUUUUGGACAAGCCAUUCCUCUCUCGUAGGAUACAGAGGUUUCUCACACCACAGCUCAUUGCUCAGGAAUUCAGCCAUAGUGUUCUCCAGAAACAACCCAAAGCGUGUGUAGCUCAUGGCCCACCAGCAAAGCGCCCAGCCUCUGGUCCAGCUGCCGUCUCUCCUGCUCAGAAGAUCACUAAACCAGCUGCCAAAUACGGAGUGCCUUUGACCGCCAGGAGGCCCUCGGACGGCAUCCGCAAGGCUGUUGAUGCUGGCAGGAAGGCUGCUGAGCGGAAACCUGUGGCCAGACCGAAACAGGCCCCUCCCCCAGCAGUCCCUCAGAGGAGAGUGAGUCGCAUUGAGGAGGAGAAAAGGAAGUCUGAGGAGGCAGCGAGGAAGAGAAGACUUGAUCUAAUGGAGAGAGAGAAGAAGCAGAGAGAACAGAUAUUUCUACUGAAAGCUGCCCAAAUGAGAAGAUUUGAAAAAGACAAACUCAGUCGUAUCAAUCGAGCACGAGAGCAGGGUUGGAAGCAUGUCCUGAGUUCCAGCGGUGGCAGCAGUCCUGAGAGAAAGUUUUACGGCGGUGGGGGCAUGAUGGCCGGCGCUCCUGCCCACGCCCCAAGUCACGCUCCUGCUCAGCCUGCAAACAGAUAUGACCACUUUCUGUCUGCUCUGGACCAGCUCGCCAAGCCUCAAGAGGAGGCCAAGGCUGCAGGAGACGUACCUGGCAGGGGGCCGUUGGGUGCUGCCACCCCAGUGGUUCCAAACGGCCAUGUUGGCCCCUCUGGUCCACCCGAGAGAGAUGCCGUGAAGAUGGAGCUGAGGAGACUGGAACAGGUCUCAAGAAAUGCCCAUGCUAACAGGCUGCGAGGUCAUGUGGGGGCAGAGCGGGCGUUCCAGGUGGAGGAGUUCCUGCAGCGGAAGCGGGAGGCCAUGCUGAAUAAAGUGCGGGCUGAAGGACAGCUGGGAACGCGGCACAACCUGCCGGCCAUCUAUGGGAGCCGGCCCGGCACCAUGCGGUGCAGGAGACCCAGGGUCAACAAGGAGGAGGAGGAGUACCUGUCGCGGCUGAGGCAGAUCAGGCUGCAGAACUUCAACGAGCGGCAGCAGAUUAAAGCCCGUUUGAGAGGAGAGAAGUAUGAUAGUGAUGGCUCUGACAGUCAUGAGUCCAGUGAGGAGGCAGAGCUAAGAAAAAAGAAGAUCGAGGCGCUAAAGGCCCAGGCGAACGCACGGGCAGCAGUGUUGAAGGAACAGCUGGAGAAAAAGAGGAGGGAAGCGUACGAGAGGGAGAAGAAAGCCUGGGAGGACCAUCUUGCUGUUCGAGGGGUGAAGAUGGGUGGCGGAGCCCCUUCUCCUGUAGCUCCGUCUCCUCUCCCUGACGCCCCUCCCCAACCGGCACCCACCCUCCCUGCCUCCCCCUCCCCCAAACCCUCCGCCCCGGCCAUCUCCAUGACGGCUGCGCUGAAGGAUGUCGGAGCGUUGGCAUCUGGCCAGAGCACUCCAGUGAAAGAAGAGUCCCCCAAGACGGAGGCACCUGUCCAGAGUGAGAAGAGGGAGAUCCUGCGGCGACUGAACGAGAGCUUGAAGGCGCUGUGCCAGCCGUCGGGAAAGAGCGAGGUAGCUGCGGCGCCAGCGAUGGUGACGAUGGAGGGGCCUGGUCCCCCCGCCAUGCCGCAGCAGAACCAGCCAGUGGUGGCGGUGGUGGAGGAGGAGGAGAGGCCGGUCUCCGGGGGCGACCGCAAGAAGUGGGAGGCGGGAGCACCACCUGUCCUUCCUGUGGCACAGCAGACGUUAGAAGAGACUUGCCUGACCUCACCUGCGUCCCAGUGUGCCUCCCUUUCCCCUGAUGAGAGACUGCCCUCUGCUGGUGACAGGCGGAAGUGGGAGAUGGCGGCUCCUCCCCUUAUCCCCGUGGCCCAACAGACUUUGGAGGAGACGAGCAUCACACCAGAACAAACGGCAGGCGAGGUGAUCCGUCUGGAGACAUGGCAGGGGGUGGUAGGCCCGAAGAAAGCCUGGGGGCAAAGUCCAGACGCUCCAGUCCUGAAAGUGCUGAAAGAGCCAGACCUUCAGCCCCUCUCCCAGCUGUUGGGCAGCGCCAGCAUCUGCGAGAAGCCAGUCACUGACAGCCUUAGACCAACAGUCGGGCCUUCCGCUGCCCAGGAAGUGACCAAACCAGCACCACACAUACCGCCGAGCACAUCUGCCACUGGUCCAAAAACUGAGGUGCCAUUCCCAUUGGAGGUCAAAGGUGAAAAGGAAGCACCACUUUCAGCGGAGGAGACUUUAGUACCCUUACCCCAGUCCACAGACAUUGUAGGGGAUGAUCAACUGGAGUCACUGGUCCUGGAGGAGAAGCCCAUGCGGGCCAUAAAUCCCCAGGCCGAGGUGCUCCAAGCCUGGGGCCCAGAUUCUUCGCCGGCUGGGCCACCAGGGGGCAAAAUGGCUCCACACACAGAGAGGAGGGAACAGAAAGAGUGUGAGGAGAAGCCAACAGAGCCUGCAGGCGUGCCUCCGUGCGAGGAGCCUCUCUUCCUGAGGCUGUGCAGCCCCGCUCACCGGCGCACCGUGGCCCUGGCCAUGAUGUCGGCACAGUCGUCCAUGGAGGAGUCGUCGUCCUCGCUGGCGUCCCGCUCGCGCUCCGUCUCCCCCAUGCGCUCCAAGCACCACGACUCGCUUCUUAUUGGCCUCUCCACCGGCCUCUUCGAUGCCAACAACCCCAAGAUGCUGCGGACAUGCUCGCUGCCGGACCUCAGCAAGCUCUUCAAGAGCGCGGACCCGGACGUCACCGAAGGCAACGGCCCCGUUGCCCCUGACAACAACUUGGAGAUCGAGGACCUGGAGGAAAAUGGCAAAGGGGAUGAGCCGUCUGAACCUGAGGAUGCCUAUGAGGAUGAGGAGGAUGACUUGCGGGAGCUGCGUGCCUCCAUGGAGAGACUUCUGCAGGACGCCAACAGCGAGGAAGAGGAGGAUGAGGGGGGGGAUGAAGAGGAUGAGGUGGAGGACAUGUCGAACGGUAGUCCGGGUGAGGACGAAGACUGCUAUAACGGGGUGGAAGAGCGAGGGGUUGCAGAGAAGCCUGGCCUGCAACGAAGCCCUGAGGAAGAUGAUGGUGUGGACGGAGGUUUCAAUGGGGUGGCAGGCGAGGAAGAGGAGGAAGGCGCCUCCAGCAGCAGCAGCAGCAGCAGCAGCCCUGAUGAAGAGCCUGCCGGGCCACUCGCCAACGGAGUCGGGGAGGGGGAGGAAGAGCAUCACAGCAGCGAGGACCAGCUGAAUGAAGAGUGGCAGUCGGAUGACAGUGGGGAGGAUGAGGUGGAUGACAUGGAGCCUCAGGACAGCAUCUUCAGCCGUCUGGAGGAGUUGCGCUUCCAACUGGAGCAGGAGAUGGGCUUUGAGAGCUUCAUCGAGGCCUACAACAAGAUCAAGGCUAUUCACGAAGAUGAGGAUGAAAACAUAGACAUGGGCCCCAGCAUGUUGCAAAGCAUCCUGGGAACAGAACACCAGCACCUCUAUCCCAAGAUCCUUCACCUGGUCAUGGCUGACGGAGCAUACCAAGAAGAUAAUGAUGAAUAGAAGCUAUUCAUCCACCCGGGCUGGCAGCUUCAGACAAUCUGUUGGCAGACUGAUGUCUUCCCAGGAUGCACUUGAGGGGUUGUCUGCACAUUAUGGGAUGGGAUGGGAUGGGAUGGGGGACAUGUUGAGAGCAGUGUUGGGUGGGGGGGGGGGGAGGGGGGCUUGGUUAGACCUCUAAUAGAGGUGUAGGUCUCAGGCACGUAUGCAUGGAGAAUGCAGCGAUAGUUCACUUGAAGACUGAGUCUCUCCUUCCACACUUUAGUGAUCGGCGCACUGUUUUUGUAUGUAGUAUAACAUGUAUAUGGAUGAGAGGACAGUAAAGUAAUGUGGUGGUACUUAACCAAAGUCUAAUAAGUUCUUACGUGGGUAACUGUCGACAGCGCAGCAGUGUUCCUUCUUUUCUGAAGUCCCGGGGGCCUGCCAGGUCGAAUGUCAUAGGUCGAAGGUGAAUUUACACCUUGCAGAUUGGGGAGGGGGUGGGGGGCUUCUUCACAACACAGAUCUCACAUGCUUGACCUUUCUCUGGGGCCACAGGCUAGUCCUAUAUCAGGACACACCAGUGCCGUCUCCUUACCAACCAGCUCAACCUCGUUUUCUGUACUUCUUUAUGUCCCAGGUCAAUUUUUACAAAGCUUAGUCAAAUGCAGUUCUCGGAUUUCUUACAAGCGCCGCACUAAUAAACACUACCGAUUUGAAUGUUUACAUGGUGAAUGGCGGUUAGGUAGGAGUUACGGGUUGUUAUGGUAGCAAAGAAUUUGCAAUAUAAGGGAAUUCUGCUGUUAAUGGGUUGUGUCCGGAUGUAUGUUGAUUGUACAGAGAGUUGUAAGGAAUAUUAAAUCGGCUAUCACAGUAUGUUGCUCUUUGAUAAUAAAGCAGAACAUAUGUAUCUUUUUAAUAAUAAAUAAACGCUUACAUUU